ACAAACCUGAGCUGAGUGAAGUUAGCCUGCUGGCUAACAGAAGAAGUGCCUCACUGUGCCUGAAAAGGACGGCUGUCAUGUCUGAGUCUGGCUGUAAACUGUGACAAAUAGAGGCAAGAUGAUGAACGACAUCAUGGAGGAGCCGGAAAAAGACGCCCUGCUGGAUUCUCCGCGGGAACAACAGGUUUUGUCGGGACCAGGCAGCAGCACGAGACCUAAAACCACAGAUGGAGGCAUCAGGCCGGUGGAGAAAAGAGGACCUUACAUCAUGUCCAGACCUCCAGCCAUCCACCUCAAACUACAAAAACACAGGGAGAUGGCGAGGAAGGCCCUGAAGAAGAAGGCGCUCUCAUCAGGGCCUCCACUGACUCAUCCGGUCAGACAAGGAGUUAAAAGAACAGUGAAAUACAACAAGGGCUACGCUGCGUUGAGUCAGCAGGCUGAUGAAACUUUAGUAGCUCUGGACUCUGACAGUGAUGAAGAGAUCGACUUUGAGCAGUAUUCUUCAGGAUACUCUUCGGCUGAGGUCCAUCCUGAUCUGAGCAGGCAGCUGCUUCAGGACGGUUACCGCCUGGACGAGAUCCCCGACGACGAAGACCUGGACUUGAUCCCACCCAAAGCCAUGGGCUCCUCUGUGUGCUGCUGCUGCGAGCAGCCGUCGUGCUCCGUGCAGUGACGUCGGUGCUGCUGGGACUUGGACCGAACGAGGACUCGGCUCUAACUUCAGCUGGCUUCAGCUGUCGCUACCGGACGACCUUCUUCCCAUCCCAGCCCAGCUGCUGCGUGCUGCCUGAGGGCGUCCAGCUCUGAACGCAGGAACACACUCGGCCCCAAAGAAGACGCAGGUGGACAUGAGAGCAAGCCUUACCCACUGUGACUCCAAAGACCAAGUUUUAUUCAACCCGCUUUGUUUUUGCAGCGUCAGACAGAACAGCAGCUCUGAAUAGAAAACGAGUCGUUCUGCACGAGCUUUACGAUCGUGUUGACUCGAGGAAGAGCUGCUCAAUGUAUUUAUUUUUGUCAGGUCUGCAACUUUAUAAGCACAACACGCUUAUAAAUAACUUUAAGCUAAUGUGUAAGCUGUCUGAAAAACCUGUAGUAACUUUAAGUUACCACUGAAAUCUCACGAUUAUGAAGUGUUGCUCUUUCUUUAUGCGUUGUUUCUUUCACCUCCUGCAUCAAAAGCAACAUUUAAGUUUUAC